UAUGUGCAAUUAUUUUUAAUUUUUGGUAUUAAUUGGCGCCUCUAUUCAAAAAGGCGAGCGCCUCGCCGCGUGGCGAGGCAGACCCUUGUCGCCUUUUGUCGCCUCUCGCUGUCCAAAACACUGCCUCAUCUUGUCUGCCACUAAGUCUACUCCACCUUUUCCCUGAUGUCUUUAUUCAUGGUCCUAUAUUUUCUAGUAUGCCCACACAUCUAUUUCAACAUCCUCAUUUCAGCUACUUUUAUCUUCUAGCCGUGAGAGUUCUGGACCCACCAGGCGCCAACACUCCGCCCUAUGUAACAUAGCUGGUCUGACUACCACUCCAUAAAACUUACAACCUAAGGCUUGAUGGCACAUUAUUAACACACAACACACUAGAUGUGAGCCUCCAUUUCAUCACCUCACUCUAAUAUGAUGUGUAACAUUCUUAUCAAUCUCUUCAUUUCCUUGGAUUAUUGACCUCAAAUAUUUGGAACUCCCUCUCUUGGAGAUGAUUUCUAUAUCAGUCCCUACAUCCACAUCUGCCACGCGAUUUAUGUAUCAAUCCCCACAUUCACAUCCCCACAUGAUUUAUGUUAGUAAACUUGUAUUCUACGUAUUUUAUCUUAGUCUUUCUCAACCUGAAUCCUUAAGACUCCAAGGUCAAGUCUCCAAACCAAUAAUCUAUUAUUAUCUCUAUUGCGUGUCUCGUCAAUUUAACUAUGUCCUUUGCAAAUACCAUACAACAGGUCACCUCUCCUUGGGUAUGCCGCGUUAGUUCAUCCAUCACCAAAGUAAAUAGAAACAAUCUAAUGGCUGAUCCUUGGUGCACCCCAUCACGACUGGGAAGUGCUCCGCGUCUCCUCCGACAUCCUUACUCGGUUCGUGGCUCCAUGAUACAUGUCCUUAAUCCCCCUAAUGUAAGACACAAGUACCUCUUGACUUUGAACAUCUCCAUAGAACCCCCUAGAGACUUUGUUGUAUGUGUUUUCGAAGUCAAUGAAUACCAGAUGUAAGUGCUUGUUUCUCUCCCUAUACUACAUCAGUCUCCUUACUGGAUGAGAUGUAUGGCUUUGUAGUGGAACAUUUCAACAUGAAUCCAAAUUGGUUCUCGGUAGUAGACACACCCUUUCUCAUCCUCAUCUCUAUGACUCUACUAUCCUCUCCCAAACUUUCAUAUUGUGGCUUAACAACUUAAUACCCCUAUAGUUGUUGCAAUUCUGAAUAUCCUUGUUCUUGUACAGCAGGAUCAUAUUUCCACUUCGAUUCUUCAGGAAUUUUAGACGUCCUAAAAAUGAUGUAAACAACCCAGUUUGCCACUCCAUACCCGCUUUACCUGCACUCUUCCAAAAAUUUCAUUGGACCUGGCUGGCUCGAUCGCCCUUCCCCUUCUCAUCCAAAGAAUAACCUCCUCAAACGUUAUACCCCUACAAUACUCAAAAUCUUGACUACUCCAGGAUGCUCUAAAUCACCCAAAAAAAUAUUCGUGUCCCCCUUCUUCAUUCAAGAGUUUUUUUUUUCUGGAGAUAGCAACAAGUUGUAGUAAAAAUCAAAAUCAAAAGGGGCCAGUGAAGACCUAACUACAAGGCUAAAUCGAAAGUGCAGAAAUUAUUAACUAGCAACUAAAGAGACUCUAGGAAUAUUAGUGUCUCUGCGUCAUAUAUGUACUUGUCUUUACACCAGAAAUGCAAAGUUGAAUACAAUUAAGCUUUGUAUUCUGAAUAGGGUUGCUUUUGUUUUGAAAACAUCUUGAGUUCCUUUUCCCCCAGAUAGUCCACCAUAUGCAACCUGGGAUCAGACUCCAACAUUUUUUUGAGCUCUAGUUCCUCUUCUUCUGCUCUACGUAGUACAUCUAGUGUAUUUGUUGGCAUUGCCCAACUCAAACCAAUGCUUGCAAGAAUAUGUUCGACAGUUCAAUAGUCACCCUAAAAUACAAAAAGAGGUGACUAUUUGUUUCAGCAUCAUAAGUGGUGGAUAGAGCAUAGGUGUAUUCUCUUUCUUUGCAGUCUGUCUCGUGUCAAAAAAGCCUUCUUUGAUGCCAACCAAACUAAUUAUACCACCUUCUACGGUAUGUUUGUCUUCCAUAGCUGUCUCUAGGGUCAGUUUACUUGAAGAUUGUUGUUAUGAUUCCUCAAGUGAUAUGCUGUCUUGACUGUGAAAACUCCUUCUGUCUCUCAAUUACCACAAUCUACCUUUUUCUGUUGAGGUUCCAUUGAAGAAAAUUAAGUGUGUUAAGGAAGGCACUAAAUCUGUCCAUUUUGCAGUCACUCAAAAGUUUUCUGAAACUCAGGUCUCAUCCUUUGAUUGUUCCAUACCCUCAUUGAUACUGGCCCUUUGCUGCAAGUCAGGAUGUAAACAUCCUAAGUAAGCCAUUACCUAGCCAAUUAUCUCCUGAAAGAGAACUAUCUUGCCCAUUCCCAACUUUGAAUCUGAUAUUAAUGCUGAUAUCAUCCAAGGAUUUCUAAUAGUCCUCCAAACAUGACCCAAUAAACAGUGCUAACAACUUCGGUUUUCCUAGUAUUCUUUUCCAUAUUUUUCUUUAAUCACCCUCCAUAAUGAUUGAUCUUGAUUUGAGUAUCUCCAGAGCCACUUCAUGAGUGAACUUUGAUUUUGCUUCCUAAGGAUUUGUAUGCCAAUCCCCCUUUGUUGUUUUCUUAGUGUUAGAGUUUUCCAGUUGACAAGAUGAACACCCUUUUUUUCCUGGUUGUGUUGCCACAGAAAGUCACUUCUCAACAUAUCCAGUCUUUUGUCAACUUGUGGAGUUAUGUGAAAAAUAGACAUCGUAUGAGUCAUACAAGGCCCCCCAUCGCCAUCAACUUCUCCCCCAUCUCCUGGGUUUUGACAGUAGUCAAGCCACUGCACUUGAUUGUUGAUAGGUCAUACAACGUCCUAUUCUUCCUCUUCCUCUUCCUCUUGAUCUCUAAAUCCAUUGCUAUGAGCUUAUGUUGAGUUGUAAGAUACUCAGUCAGGAUGGGGCAUAAUGAUGAAGGAAAGUUCACAGUAAGGCAGCCUACAAGAUAGAGAUGAACCUGAAUACUAUCACUGACAACUGGGUUUGGAAGCUAGUCUGGAAGGUCACCUUCCACCCAAAGUUGUUUGCUUUAGCUGGACAGCGAUCCGUGAAGCCAGUUCUACACAGGACAACCUUGCAAGGAGGAAGAUUCGGAUUGUGAAUAGAUGCCACAUAUGUUAUUGAGAAGCAGAACCUCAUAGCCAUCUGUUUCUGCAGUGCCUGGCCACAACAGACUUAUGGCACCUGGUUCUCACCCUUUUUGGCCUCAGAUGGGUAAUGCCAAACUCUAUCAGGGAGUUUUUGAAUGCUGGAGCCACUGAAAACUUGACAGCACCGUCAAAAAGAUUUGGAAGAUGAUACCAACUGCCAUCUUAUGGACUAUCUGGAAUGAAAGAAAUAGAAGAUGUUUUGAUGGCCUCUCAACUAGCCAAUCUAUGUUCAAAGCUAAAUGUAUUUUGUAUUUAUAUAGUUGUUUUUUCCCCCAAUAGAUUCCUCUAAAACGUUUUUAGGUUUUGUUUGCUCUAUGAUAGUGUACUAGAGAUAACAUACUAGUGCUCACUAUCGUGUAACUUCUUUUCAUCUUCUUGAUAUCAUGAAUGGAAUCAAUUACUUCAUCUAAAAAAAAAGAUACUCGAGAUAUCCUUGCAGUGCUUACAUAGACUUCUAUCACACUUUCUAAGGAGUAAGUAAUUUAUCUAAAUCUUUGUCACCGUACUACAAAAGUCACCCAGUGAUCCUCCUUCUUCGGGGAACUCGAAUUAGCUAUCACCAAAUCAAAAGCAUUAGCAAAGUCCGAAGGCGAAACUCCUUUCAUUUCUAUCCCAAAACCGAAACUGCCAUGAACAUCAACAUAACCCGUUGAAGUAUUCCUGAUGUGGCCAUUGGAAUCACCUCCUAUGAAUAGCUUCUCGGUGUGCGGGACCCCUCACUACCUCGUCCAAAUCCUCCCAAAACUGCCUUUGUUCCUCCUCAUCCAAGCUCGAUUGUCGUUCAUUUGCACUAAUAAUAUUCAAGGUAAGUCCUCAUAAUGACCACUAAAAUUGAACAGAAUCACGGCUUGUUUGCUUGGAGGCAGAUAAGAUCCAGGGCACCUUACAAAGUGGUACAUUUUGUUGGACUGUCAUAUAUGAAGCAGUUCUUACACAACACUGUGACAAGAAUAAGUAUUCUUAUCAUCUGCUUUUGCCUUGUAGCUUCACAACUCAAAUCUGGAAUAUGUUUUUCAACACUACUUAUGUUAGCUGGGUGAUGCCUAGAAGGCUACGACUAUCGAGCAAUUGCUUCACAUUUGAACUGCUGGAACUUUACUUUGGUGGCGAAGAUGUCAAGGACAUGGUAGGCUUUAAUAGUCCAAGGAAUGAGAUGGAAGCCUUGAAUUCAAUUCUUACAGCCAUUGCUAAGUUGGAUGGAGAACAUUGUUCAACCACCACAUUGGAAGAAUUACGAGUUGCAGCUGUCAACUUGAUUUCUGAAUUGGGAAAGAAAUGUGAAGAGGAGAGCAAAGUUGUUACUCGGUCUAGCUGUGAGGCAGAGAAAUGUUUACAACAGUGGGGCGAAGACCAAGGUGUGAAGUCACAAUUGGAGAUAUCUUUCAUUAUUUCACCAACAAACUGUAUUAACUUUGAAGGAGCUGGAAGGGGAGCUAUUGCAAGACAAGAUCUGAGAAUUGGAGACAUUGCCUUGGAGAUCCCUUUAUCCAUUGUCAUUUCAGAUGAUAUUGUGCAUGAAUAUUACAUGUAUUCCAUUUUGGAAAAGAUCGAGGGCAUGUCAGCAGAAACAAUGUUACUGUUGUGGAGCAUGAAGGAGAAGCACAACCGUGAUUCCAAAUUUAAGUUGUACUUUGAUACGCUGCCAGAGGUAUUUAAUACAGGUUUGAGUUUUGGAAUGGAGGCUAUAAUGGCUUUAGAUGGAACCUUGCUGCUAGAAGAGAUUGUCCAAGCAAAAGAGCACUUGCGUGCACAAUAUGAUGAACUAUUUCCAUCCCUAUGCAAUGAUCACCCAGAUGUAUUUCCUCCGGAGCAAUACAGAUGGGAGCAGUUCUUAUGGGCUUGUGAACUUUGGUACUCCAAUAGCAUGAAAAUUAUGUUUAGUGAUGGAAAGCUAAGAACCUGCUUGAUUCCAAUUGCAGGUUUACUUAAUCAUUCGACUUGUCCACACAUAAUGCACUAUGGGAAAGUUGAUUCCACGACAAAUUCUAUAAAAUUUCCUUUGUCAAGGUCGUGUAAUGCAGGGCAACAAUGUUUUCUUGGCUACGGGAGCUUCUCUAGUUCUCAUCUACUGACCUUCUAUGGUUUUCUACCACAACUAGAUAACUACUAUGAUGUGAUUCCGCUAGAUAUUGAUGUUGCAAGCAAUGAAGAUUGUGCAGACACAGACCCUACACCUGAUUGGACCUCCCAUAUGGUCCGUGGAACGUGGUUCUCAAAGAAUCACGGCAUCUUCCAUUAUGGGUUACCACCGCCUCUACUGGAUAGUAUGCGUAGAUCUCGGAAUCCUUCCUUGCAGUCGAUGACCCUUACACCAGAGAACUUGGAAAUUGAACUCGACAUACUUAGGGACCUUUGUUCUAUGUUCGAAGAGAUGCGGGAUGGACUAGGAGAUCCUGAAUUGGAUAACAGGGAGACCACAAGUUGUGAUGUAAAGCUUGCAGCGGAUUUCAAAGAUUUACAGAGGAGGAUUUUUUCCUCCAUUGUUGCUUCAUGUCAGGCAGGAUGUGAGUUGGUAGAAUGUGAACUGCAAAUAUACACACUAUAACAACAGUGCUGAAGCUCUUCUAUGUUUUAGAAUUGUUAAAUUAUUAUUGCAAGUUAUUUUAGAUGAAUCUAGUCAACUAGUUAGCCCUUUUAAUUAGGAGUUGAAUUCUAUUUGAAUUUUGAAUAAGUUGUAUUUUACACACUUUAGGAGUGGUAUUUUCAAUAUAUCUUUUUGUUUAUUUUA